AUGGAGGAUACCUGGGUCCUAGACUCUAGAUCAGAAGCCCACAUCACACCUCUGAAGGAUAUUGUCAAGGUUACACCUCAGAGGAUGAAUGUCAUGCUGGAGAUGGCAGAUGGAUCUACAGCCCCAAUAGCAGCUGCAGGAAGGAUAAGCAUCUCAACUGAGGACAUAGAUACCCAACUGGAUGAUGUCCAUUACAUCCUGAAGCUAGAGGUCAACCUAAUGAGCCUCGACAAACUUGUAUGCAAAGGUUAUACUUUCAAACAGUUGACGUACGGCAAUAAUCAUUCAAUUUUGGUGAUGUCUCCUGACAGGAUGACAAAUUUCACAGUGAAUUUGAAUGAUGAAAAUAUCUAUGUGGUGGAGAAGCCGCCAGCAUUGAGAGAUAUGAUUGGUUGUGUGAUGCCAAAUGGAUGA